AUGGAACGCUGGUAUUGGAUGUAUGAGAGUAAUUCCGAAUGCCGCUGCCCUGGAAACAAGGAAAAAGCGAUGAGCCAGCAACAGCUUGCUCAGGAGCUGGUUCGAGCGUUAUGUAAAUGCAGAGCUCCAUGUAGUCAGAGCAAUGCAAUUGCAAGCGACGUGGAGAUCGAAAACGAGCUUUCUCCUGAGCUGAAGAAAGAAGCUUGGCGAGAAAUGCUGGCCUUCAUGUGCUUGCACUCGGUCAGAACAGGAGCUUUGCACCCAGACUUCCUCGAUGUGAAGUUGUCGGUCCAUACAUGCCCUGGGCAAGUAGGUCAGGAGAUACAGACUCAGAUCAUGGUCUCACACCCUGCAGCAUCGCCUUUCGCCGUUUUCUGUACUGCCAACCGAAAUGCAGCUCCACGAGUGCAGUUGAUGGAGAGAUGGCUGAUGAUGCAUCCUAUUGAGCGGAGGCCUUUUGAAGAGGAAGCAGCAGCGCUGAGGGGAUGGAGCCUUGCUCCCCUGCCCAUGGUCUUGCAGCAGAUGCAGAUGCAGAUGAGGGUGCAGAUGCAGAUGCAGAUGCAGCAAAGGCAGAUGCAAGGCCAGCAGCAGAUGAAUCAGCCUCGCCAUCCUGCGAACAUGCAGCGACCAGGCCAGGUGCCUGUGAUGGUGGAGAGCAACGGGAUCGAGCAUGCGAUGCAGAGGAUGGAUCUCAGUGACCAAGGCAGAGCUCCUCGUGCCAUGGCGAAUCCUGGUGGCUUCGCACAGGGUCACCCAACACCACAACAGUUGGGCGGCCGUGUCAUGCCUCCUUGGGAUGAGGCUGCAGGUGCAGGUGCCACCAGACAAAUUCAGCUCGCGCCUCAUCAACCUCCUGCAAACCCAGCAUAUCCGAACGCUGAUCCCAACUUUCAGCAUGCUCCACAGCUUCAACCUCCCAGGAACAUCCAUCCCGCCACCGCAGUAGGCACUGCUCAGGCUCAUCAAAAUAUGGCCCAUCGACAACCUCCGCAUCCCCAGGGUCCUUCGCUCAUCAGCAAUGUGGAGCUCGAGAAAGUCUAUUUCUCUGGCCCUGCUGAAGACAGCGAUCUGUACCUCAGGACCAGCCUCGACACAAAACCUCCGACGUUCUGCACGCGAGUGAUGUUUCAAAAGGUGAAAGCGGAGGACACUGAAAAUCUCUCUCACGAUUGCAUACGAUUUGUGGCGGAGACCUCCCCCCCGAGGGAAGAAAUGGUCCGCAAAGUGAGCGUCUGCACGAGUGUAAGCAAGAUCAUCGCAGGAUCCUAUCAGAGAUCUAGCGUUCAAAUGUUCGGCUCAUCCGGCAGCAACCUUUGUUCGAAGGGCUCGGAUGUAGAUAUCUGCCUUCUUAUUCCUGAAGAAGAGAUUCAGAGAAAUGCGAAAGGGCAGCGCAAGACAGCGCGGUUUCGUUACUUCCUAAUCGGUCUCGCAAAGCUGCUAACGAGGCAAGGAAUGAUGAACGUGGAGCCUCUGCCAAACGCCCGUGUCCCUAUCAUCAAGUUCCAAGCGAGGGAUGGGCUGGAUUUCUCCUUUGACUGCGAUCUCUGUGUGAAUAACGUGCUUGCCUGCAUCAACACCAACCUGCUCUUCACCUACACCAUGCUCGACGCCAGAGUAAGGCCCCUGAUCAUGUGUAUCAAACACUGGGUGAAGCAACGGCAAAUCCACAAUGCUUUCAGAGGAUACCUCAGCUCGUACACGUAUUCUUUGAUGGUCAUCCAAUACCUGCAGUAUGAAAGAAUUCUGCCAUGCUUGCAAAACCUGAAACGGGAAGAAGCAAGGCAAAAGAACGAUUCUUCCUUCGCGGUGCAAUGUGAGGGAAAGGAGUACGACUGCUACUUCUACAGGAAUGUCGAGUCGUUAGCAGGAGAAAGGAACAAUCCUUGCUCGCUCGGGCUGCUUCUGGUCGGUUUCUUCCACUUCUACUCCAACGUGUUUUCGAUAGGGGAGGGAGUAGUGAGCAUCCGGAGUGGCAGGCUCCUCAAGAAGACAGCGAAGGGCUGGGACGUCCCAGGAAACAACAAGAACAGGCAUGUCAUCUGCAUAGAAGAUCCCUUCGACGUCAACCUGGACCUGGGGAGAUACGUGGACGAGAAUACCGUGAAGGAUAUCGAGAUGGAGUUUGCAAGGGCGCUGAAAAUCCUUCAGAGCUCGGGGAGGUUCAGUGAGCUGUGUGCUCCAUGGACUGAAAGCGAGUCGAUCACAGAAAGAGGCAUUAAUAUUCAAGAUCAUGUGGACGAUAGAGGGUCGAAAGAUGAUGCUGAGGACGAAGCGGAUGGAUAA